AUGCAGCCGAAGCCAAACGCAGCUCCCUCGGGGGCCCCCCCCAUAUCAGGUCAUAAACCUUCGGGGGACCCGGGGGACCCGGGGGCCCCCGCAGAGACCCCUCUGGGGGCCCCUCAAGAGGCCCCCCUUGGGGCCCCCCAGGGGGCCCCUACAGAGGCCCCUGAGGGGGCCCCCGUGGGGCCCCCUCAGGCAGCCCCUGGGGGCCCCCCGUACACCGAGGGCCCCGUAGAAGCCCCUAUGGGGGCCCCCCUGGGGGCCCCUACGGGGGACCCUAUGGGGGACCCUAUGGGGGCCCCCCUGGGGGCCCCUACGGGGGACCCUAUGGGGGCCCCUACGGGGGCCCCUACGGGGGACCCUAUGGGGGCCCCUACGGGGGACCCCCAGGGGGCCCCUAUGGGGGCCCCUAUGGGGGCCCCCCUGGGGGCCCCCUUGCCUCGUUUGGUGGUGCGUCCGCGGUGUCGUGGUGAGCUGCUGUACCCUUUUGGCCGUUCUCGCAAAGUGAAGGAAUAUUUAUUUCUGAAAGGAAUUCAAAAAGAAAGAAAAACAGCAGCAGAUAUACAGAGGGGGGCCCUUGUUGAGCCUCAGUCUGAGGCUGUAAUGCGAGCACCUGCAGCACCAGCACCAGCAGGAGCAACAGCAGCAGCAGCAGCAGCAGCAGCAGCAACAGCAGCAGCAACAUCUCGCCGUAUGGCCCUUUCAGAGGCAGCAGCAGCAUUGGGGAGGUGGCUACCCUUUCGCAGCAGUACUCGGAUGCAGCAGCAGCAGCAGCAGCCGCAGCAGCAGCAGCAGCAGCAGCAGCAACAGCUGCUGCUGCAUUCGACACGAACCCAAAGAGUAAACCAGCUGGAUGCGUUACGAGUGAACAAUGAGAUUGUGCUGCUGCUGCAGGACCUGCUGCUGCAGUGUACACGGGUUGCUGCUCCUUGGCUGCAGCAGCAGCAGCAAGAGCUGCAGCUGCUGCUGCAUCUGUUUAUUUGGGGUGUAUCUACAGCUCGGAAUAAACCCACACCAGGAGACUUACUACAGAAUAUAAAAUACUAUGGGGGGGAGCAGCUGCAGCAGCAGGAGCUGCAGCAGCAGCAGCUGCUGCUGCAGCAGAUGCAGCAAGACCCUAAAUCUACGCCUGCUGCAGUGCAGCAGCAGCAGCGUGUGUUGCUGCACCUGAUGAUGAAGCAGCAGCACUCGCUGCUGCAGCAGCAGCCACUACCCUGGAAACAUAAACUAGGGUUGCUGCUGCUGCAUGUGCUGCUGCCGUAUAUAUAUCAGCUGCUGCGGCAGCAGCUACACAGCAGGUGGCAGCAGCAGCAAGCAGCAAUACAGCAGCGCAUCAGACGCUACAACGUUGCUCAAGCCCUUCGCCGGCAGCGUGCGCAGCAGCAGCAGCAGCAGCAGCAGCAACAGCAGCAGCAGCAGCAGCAACAGCAGCAGCAGCAGCAGCAACAGCAGCAGCAGCAGCAGCAGCAGCAGCUUGGAGAGCAUGCAACGGAGCAAGGUCAGAGGGAGCUCAACCAGCAGCAGCAGCAGCAGCAGCAGCAGCAGCAGAAGCUGCGUGUACUAGAGGCUGCUGCAGCAGAGAGUGUGCUGCUGCUGCUGCUGCCGCACAUUGACUUGCUGCUGCUGCGCCGCCUGCUGCAGCUGCGGCUGCUCGCGCCUGCUCGUCGUGUUGCUGCUGCGUCUAUACAGCAGUUCAAGUUGCUGCUGCGAAAGCAGCAGCAGCAGCAAGAGCAGCAGCAGAAAGGGCAGCAGCAGCAGCAGAAUGAGAGUGAAACGGAGGAUAAGGGACUUGCUGCUGCUGCUGCUGCUGCUGCUGCUGCUGGCCUGCUGCUGCUGCGCAGCACCAAGCAGCAAGCAGAGAAACUCCUCCAAAACGUGGGGCUGAUGCCGCACCCUCUGGCGAUAGAAACGCAGCAGCAGCAGCAGCAGCAGCAGCAGCAACAGCAGCAGCAGCAGCAGCAGCAGCAGCAGCAAGGAGUGGAGUCGUCAGACAGGAAACUGAUGCUCGAGGCAAGCAGCUGA